GUCAAGCGACAAUACGGUUCACCGGCGCACCUUCAACAAUGGUCUGUCGAUCAACGUUCAUACCAGCAGCCGCUCGGAUAUCGAGAAAGUUUCAUUGGCACGGAAGACUACUAUCCGAAUGUAGACUACUACAACUACUACUCACAACGAGCGAUCGCUCCUCACCAGGCGCCCAGUGUUGGUAGCUCCUACGCUAGACCCAUUAUUAUUGGGGAAGUAACCCAAGCUCCAAUCAAGAAUUCCAUUCCUGUUGGUCCUAGUACAACAGCGAAGGACGAGUAUCCUACACCACCUUCGGAGUGGGAAGGCGGUCCUGAUACGAGGUUUUUUGCAAGAGAAAACUUUCCUAGUGAUUCACCAGCCACUUUGGCCAGCCAAAAGCCUGAGACCAGCACUAAAGCAACGUCAUCGGUCAGAUUUUUCGAAGGGGAAGGAUUCGAUGAAAAUGGCCCGUUUGCCGCUGUUGAAGAGGACAUCAACGAGACCGAAGCCUCUUCCUUCUCAACACCUGCCGGCGAAGAAACUGGAAAAUCCUCCUCGACAACAUUGGAGCCCAAAGAAGUAGAGCCGAACCCAAGCGAUAAUGAGUCAGACAAGAAGGUCGUUGAGGUCACCGAGGAAACUACAACAAUUACUCCGACUGAUGGCGGCUUUAGCACUCCACAAGCAGUUAUAGAGGAGGCAACGGCAUUGUUCAUAGACAAUGAGGAUUCAUUUGUUACAACCAGCACUGAGCCAGUACCUAGUACUUCUGAGUCGAGCAGUCCCUCUGAUUCGACGAUUGUUUCUCAGGACAAAUUCAUUCCGACAGAAGUUCCAGCCGCAGAUUUCUAUGAGGUAUCUACCGAAUCAACCGAGUCAGCAAGUUCGAAUGCC